GACACAGCUAUGUAAGGUAUCCAGGGCUUGGCCUGACAGCUUCUCCCGUCUGUCUCCCUCUUUGUUGUGAGUACAAGACAGCAAAGAUUGCUGCUCUCCACCAGCCUUGCAGUGUUUGGGCUCAACACUAGGAAAGCAGCAGAGAGAAACUUAGAGAAACUAAGAGAAACUUAGCUUGAACUUCACCUGGAGUCUUUGGUCUCCCUCUCUUCUCAAAUUAAGAAAGGGGGGGAUAUUUACCCACCCUUUGCUGCACUCCAAGAGUGCCCCUAUGAAGGCAAUUUGCUGGAUCCUGGCAGGUUUUUACCUGCUUUUCUGCUGCAAGGCAGAAGAGGGACUGAACUUCCCUACUUACGAUGGGAAAGACCGAGUGAUUGACCUGAACGAGAAGAAUUACAAGCAGGCACUGAAGAAGUAUGACAUGCUCUGCCUGCUCUUCCAUGAGCCUGUGAGCUCUGACAAGGUCUCCCAGAAGCAGUUCCAGAUGACAGAGAUGGUCCUGGAGCUGGCAGCUCAGGUCUUGGAGCCCAGGAGCAUUGGCUUUGGGAUGGUGGACUCCAAGAAGGAUGCCAAGCUUGCCAGAAAGUUAGGCUUGGUUGAAGAGGGAAGUCUCUAUGUCUUUAAGGAUGAGCGGUUGGUUGAAUUUGAUGGGGAAUUGUCUGCAGAUGUCUUGGUGGAAUUCCUCUUGGAUUUGCUAGAGGACCCCGUGGAGGUCAUAAACAGCAAGCUGGAGCUUCAGGCCUUUGACCAGAUUGACGACGAAAUCAAACUCAUCGGCUACUUCAAGGGAGAAGACUCAGAACAUUUCAAGGCAUUUGAAGAAGCUGCUGAACAAUUCCAGCCCUACAUCAAGUUCUUUGCCACCUUUGACAAAGGGGUUGCCAAGAAGCUAGGCCUAAAACUGAACGAGGUGGACUUCUAUGAACCGUUUAUGGAUGAGCCUGUUCACAUCCCUGAUAAGCCUUACUCAGAAGAGGAGCUGGUUGAUUUUGUGAGAGAGCACAGAAGGGCCACCUUGAGGAAGUUGCGCCCAGAGGACAUGUUUGAGACAUGGGAGGAUGACAUGGAAGGUAUCCACAUCGUAGCCUUUGCUGAAGAAGAUGAUCCAGAUGGUUUUGAGUUCCUGGAAAUCCUGAAGCAGGUUGCCAGGGACAACACUGAUAAUCCCGACCUGAGCAUUGUCUGGAUUGACCCUGAUGACUUUCCUUUGCUCAUCACUUACUGGGAGAAGACCUUCAAGAUCGACCUGUUCAGACCACAGAUCGGGGUGGUGAACGUCACAGAUGCUGACAGCAUCUGGAUGGACAUCAGAGAUGAUGAUGACCUGCCCACAGCCGAGGAGCUGGAGGACUGGAUAGAGGAUGUGCUUUCUGGAAAGAUAAAUACAGAAGAUGAUGAUGACGAUGAAGAUGACGAUGAUGAUGACGAUGAUGAUGAUGAUGACGACGAUGACGACGACGACGACGACGAUGAUGAGGAUGAUGAUGACUAACUGUGACUCUGUGCAGUUUGACUUGUGGGGCCCAAGAGCCCUCGCCCUGAAGCAGGUCCCUCCACUUCCACUGGAAGACCUAUGUUUGAGCAUCAGCAAGCACCGCUGCUCCUCUUUUUCCCCGGCCCCGCUCCCCCUGCCCUCACCCUUGCUGGGACCCCCUCGCCUGAUUCCCAGCGGUGCUGAGCCACCAGGACUGCCCCUGCGGAGGGUAGCACCUGCAGGCACCCAGCACCACUGCAAAUCAUGCCUCCUUAGUCGGGACAGUAGGAAUCUUCAGGGAAUCUGCCCCGAGUGUCCCAGGGCAGGAGAAAAGUGCCUGCCUGCUUGCUGCCAGAGGGAUGCAGGGAGCCAGUUUGUAUUUUCUGUGUUCAUCAGCCCAGCACUUAACAUCCAAAGACCAAAUCUCACUUCAAGACAUAGGGAAAACCGUAACUGUAAAGUUUAGCUCUUUUAUUAAACACGAUGCCCUUUGCAGCUACUCUGCCAAGACCACUCAAUCCUGCAAGUUCUGCUGUGGGAGUCUGUAGCUACUCCCUAACAUGCUGAGAGCCAGAAAAAUGCUUUGGGAGGGGAGGGAGGUUCUAGGGAUGCUAUUAAAGUGUUCAGUGAUUCCACAUAA